AUGACUUUGCGGUUUGAGGCCUCCUGUCCCGACGGCUUGUGUCCUGGAUGGAGUAUUAUACUGAAAGGAGAGCCUGUUUCUGAAGCCAGCAAGUUUGAAAUUAAUUUCAUGUGCGAACGUGAUGACAGGAUAGCCUUCCAUUUCAACCCCCGAUUUACGGAGUCAGACAUCGUCUGCAAUUCCUUCAUGUCAAACCGCUGGGGGCAGGAAGAGAGGUGUAACAACUUUCCCUUUGGGGCGGAUGAGCCUUUUCAGAUUGAAAUUUACUCAGACAAUGAAAACUUCCAUGUUUACAUUGAUGAUACAAAAAUAAUGCAGUACAAGCAUCGUGUUGAAGACCUGAAGACAAUCACAAAAGUUCAAGUGGCAAACGAUGUAAAUAUCUCGUCACUGGAGAUCACCAAAAAACCUUUUUAUUAA